AUGGAGGAGCCGGGGUCCCGCGAAGAGGUCAUGGAAGAAGUGACAUCGUGCUCCUCCAACAGCCCUCUGUUCCAGCAGGAAGACAAGAGAGGGGUCACCUACCGGAUCCCAGCCCUGCUCUACAUCCCCCCCACCCACACCUUCCUGGCCUUUGCAGAGAAGCGCUCCACGAGCAGGGACGAGGACGCUCUCCACCUGGUGCUGAGGCGAGGGUUGAGGACUGGGCACUCGGUACAGUGGGGACCUCUGCUGCCGUUGAUGGAAGCCACACUACCCGGGCAUCGGACCAUGAACCCCUGUCCUGUGUGGGAGCAGAAGAGUGGCUGCGUGUACCUAUUCUUCAUCUGUGUGCGGGGCCACGUCACCGAGCGUCAGCAGGUCGUGUCAGGCAGGAAUGCGGCCCGCCUCUGCUUCAUCUGCAGUCGGGACGCUGGCUGUUCGUGGAGCGAGGUGAGGGACCUGACUGAAGAGGUUAUUGGCACCGAGGUGAAGCGCUGGGCCACAUUUGCUGUGGGCCCGGGUCAUGGGAUCCAGCUGCAGUCGGGGAGGCUGGUCAUCCCUGCAUAUGCCUACUACAUCCCUUACUGGUUCUUUUGCUUCCGGCUACCAUGUAAAGCCAAGCCUCAUUCCCUGAUGAUCUACAGUGAUGACCUGGGGGCCACCUGGCACCAUGGCAGCCUCAUUAAGCCCAUGGCAACCGUGGAGUGUGAAGUGGCAGAAGUGACCGGGAGGGCGGGCGACCCCGUGCUGUACUGCAGCGCCCGGACACCAAACAGGUGCCGGGCAGAGGCUUUCAGCGUUAACCAUGGUGAAUACUUUCAGAGACCAGCCCUGAGCGCUCAGCUCUGUGAGCCCCCGCAUGGCUGCCAAGGCAGUGUGGUGAGUUUCCGGCCCAUGGAGAUCCUUCAAGGGUGCCAGGACCCUAAUGGCAAAGAUGCUCCUAUCGGUCAGCAGAGCCCUCUGCUGGACAGCUCACCGAGGCUAGAGCAGGAAGCCGGCCCACUGUCUGAGUCUUGGCUCUUGUACUCACACCCCACCAGUAAGAAGCGGAGGGUCAACUUAGGCAUCUACCUCAACCAGACCCCCUUGGGGGCUGCCUGCUGGUCCCGCCCGUGGAUCUUGCACUGCGGGCCCUGUGGCUACUCUGAUUUGGCUGCUUUGGAAAAGGAGGGCUUGUUUGGGUGUUUGUUUGAGUGUGGGACCAAACGAGAGUGUGAGCAGAUUGCCUUCCGCCUGUUUACAGACCGAGAGAUCCUGAGCCACAUGCACGAGGACUGCUGCAGCCCUGGUAGGAGCUCUGAGCCAACUGAAAGCUAAAAUUGACUUAGGACCCAAAUUUCCAUAGAAAGGAAACCACAGAAGGCAACCACAGCCAGGAUAAUGGAGGCCAGAUUAACAGAGGUGGUUGAAGUCUACAGAGAAUCCAAAACUUCAUAUUCUGCACUCCACAUUUUUUCUCUUCUCCCCCAAAGAGCAAAAGGAAAAUUAUGCCAAAGCUACUGCAGUGGGGAGAACUAUGAGUUGGGAAACAAUAAUGUGGUCCUGGUUGUGCCCCUGGCUUGCUUUUGGGACCUUGGACAUGUCCCCCGAACUCUCCGGGCCUCAGGUUUCCCAUUUGUAAAAUGAGAGGAUUAGUGCUGUGAUUUUUCUUCUUUCCAUUCUUAGGAAAGGCAGAGUGCCCACAUGCUCCACAAUCAAUAGGUCCUGACUGCGUGGGUCUCUGAUAGAACUCUGAUCUCGAAGUGGAAGUCAGAGGACUCAGCUUUUUCAAUGACUCACCACUUGUCCAGGUGUGAGACCUGGGCAGGUGUGAGGAAUUGGGCAGAACAGUAGAAUCAUGAGGUCACCUGCCUUCUCCAGCUUUGCAGCUCUGCUCAAUCUUCCCUUCCUCCUCCAGAACCCUUAUUUCCUGGGAAGAAAAUGGGAAACGCAAGGCCAGUGACCCCUGAUAAUGGUACUUAUUGUUUCUGAGGGCGUUACUCUUAUGAAAGAUGAACCUGAAGUUCAUGUACUAGAAUGGUUCCUGAUGAGAAAAGGUCGUAGAUUAGGACUCUAAAGCAUUGGCUAGAACUUCCCAUGGUCUCUGCCCUCAAAGAGCUCACAGUUCAUGGGGCUAGAAGUGGAGAGAAUUCAAGAAAACCGAUGCAGCUGGUUUAUAGAUGUUGGGCCUUAAGUUGGGGUUAUGGUAGCUCCUGACAGCAUUGUCUUAGUCACAUCUUCAUUGUGCUUGGAGUCAGCUGCCAGGGCUUGGCCGGCCACUGGGUUCCCCCCACGUCUGUUUUUCUCAGAAUAUUGUUCUGGCCUAGCCACUCCUCUACUCAUGGAGAAGGUCUUCACCAUGAGGAAGGUCUCCAGACCCUAGACCUCUGAAUCAAGCCAAUUUUUUUUUGUACCUAUUACAAUCACUAUUUGUGAAGUAGGGGUGCCCCUUUGUCUGAUGGGUUUGGGGCUGAAAUUGACCAGGGCUGGGUGUCUCAGAUGAUACCAGAUGAGUUGCUCUUAUUUUAGAAUCUUUCCCCCGGAGCCUGUUGCUGUAACAGAAAUUCGAUCACGAAAGACUUGGUUUUUCAGCCUAUUUUAGGAGAAGAAAUACCUUCAACUUGUAUCAGAUAACUAAAUUUGGUGCUGAGUAAUCGCCCAGAGAGCAAGUCUUAGUUGUAGAAUAUAGCCCAGGAGGCUGGGGGCUGCGGUUGCUCCUGUCAUAUGGGGGAGAGUCCUCUAGGAUGAAAGUAGAGAUUGACUUCACCUACAUAUGGCUUAAGUCCAUGGCUUAGAGUGACUUUUUAAAAUUCCCUUAGCCUGUCAUCCAUUUGUCAAAGUUAUCCACCCAGUAUGCAGUUCUGCUCACUCAUUCACUCAUUUAUACAGUUAUCUAAAUAUUCUUGGGAGCCUGUCUGUAAUGUAAGGUGCUUUUUCUGUUGCCAUUCCCUGGUUGAAAAGCAUCUGUGGCUCUUCACUGCCUGCCAAAGGGUGUUUUCAUUUAGUCUGGCAUGUAGGGCCUUCAGUUGUUGGGGGAGAUAAGGCGUACUGACCUCUGCUUCUUUGUAUGAAGCCCAUUGUCAGAGAAGAUCUCCGUCAAGCUGGCAGUGGAGGGCGUGGCAGUUGGUGGUACAGGGAGGAACCGGGGAAGGGCAGCCCUCUCCUAAGUCAUAGCAGCUUCAUGUUCUGCAAAUCUUUCCUGAGCAUCGUACCCCCAAAUAGAUAGGAAUAACAGGGAUGGCUUCCUUCUCCAACAAGAUCUAAAGGAGGAAGUCACAUGCCAGUGUGGACCACAGAUGUCCAGGACCAGCACUCAAAAGAUGUCUUAUCCUUCUCUGAAUUGCCCUCCCCUUUGCUUUAUGUUUGCUUCUCCUUAGUGAUUAGAAGUAAAACUCCUAAUAGGCGGAGGGCCUGUGUGCAUCGUUCAGGAUUGGCAAGAAAAGAGGAUUGGGGACAGAGGUAAUCCAGAAUGAGGUUAAAUGGGGGUAGAGCUCAGGGGUAGAGCAUUUGGCUGCAGGAUGAGGAUUUGGGAGAGGAAGAGUGGGCAGUGGCAGCUAUGAAGAAAACAGCAGGGCAGGAGUUCCAGCACCUUUAGGAAGAAAGAGAACGUGGCCCGGAUAAGAGACCUAGGCCGGAGAGGCAGCGUAGGUGGUGGUUGCUGUGAAGAAGAAAUGACAACAGGCUGGGGGUGUCUCCUGACGCGUGUGGGAGGAGCCCUGGGGCAGCUGACUCCAAGCUGUGCGGCCCGCACAGGCCAGUACUUCAGGCUGCAGACCGGUUCCUCCCCGGCCCUGUCACCGGAAGCUGACCUAGCUUGUUCACGUUCCGGAUGACCAACAGAGACAGCUGUAGGCACUCCUGACUUGUUUGUGCCCAUUCCCCGAGGCCUUCAGGGCCCUGGGACCUAUCCCGUGACCCUGGUAUCCUAACCAAGCCUCUUCCAGGCCCUCUCAGCUUGGGAGAGUGAAAAAGACAGGGCAGGUGAUGGCAGCUGUGAAGAAAAGAGGACAGCAGACUGGAGGCCUCUAGUCUAGAGGCUUCUACCUGCUUCUACCCUGUCUCUGGGCCCUUAGAAUGGAUCCAUCUGGCACACAUGGCUCAUCACUGGGAGAGCAAGAAAGCAUAGGUAGGGGCCACCUCCUGCUGAUAUGUAUCCAGACCCACUCCCACCCCUUCAAGCUGCUGGGCCUGCUCAGGCUCCCCACCUCCCGAUGCCCUCACUCCUAGGCCCCUAGUAUUCAUUUCAGGGCUUUUAUUUGGGCGCUUUCCUUGGAUCUGUUUCUCCUGGUCAUCAGUCUCCCCUCCUGUCCUGUCCUUUGGGAUAUCAUGCAACAGUAGCUGUAGAUAAGAGACAUAGCGCCCUGUCUGUUGGGGAACCCGAGGCACCCACAGAGAUCAACCUGAGGCUGCCCCGCCUCCUCUCCAGGGCAGUAGGCUUCAAUACUUCCACUUCGGCCAGCUCAGGCUCUCCAGUCUUCUGCAGUAGGCUGUGCGUUUCCCCCACUGCGUUAUGCGGUAGGUGUCAAGUCAUCCCUUUCUGUGCUCCCACAGUGCCCAGUUGGGGCCCCCCUUUGCUCAUUACCAUGGGGUGCAGGGUAUUAUUGUUGUCUGUCUUGUGCCCUCUAGGCCUCCGCUAGGCUGUGAAUUCCUUGAGGGCCAAGUCUGUAUGAAUCCUCUCUCUAUCCUUUUUUACCUGGAAUUACAAUAAUUUCUUUAUUAAUAUAGGCUUUUUCUGUUGUGUUUGGAAUUCCCUGAAGGUAAGGACUGUGCCCGAUUCCUCUCUCUGUCCUCUGUCCCUGGCAUAGGGCCUGGCACAGAAUGGACAGCAGUAAGGCUCUGCUGAGUGGAUCAAGGAAUCAAAGAUCCUUGGCCUUCUGGAGCUAAGUGAGAGGGCCAGGGCGAGCCCCUGCAAAGAGAGGAGUAGGUUGCCUCCCUCUGCGGGUUGGAUAGCGUUCUAAACCCGCUGAACAUGCACCUGAAAUGGGUCUUCUCUCUGCUGGCCUGCUUCCAGGUCAGUCCCUAAAGAGCUCUUCUCUGGCUUCAGUUGAGUCCUGCCUGGGUGUUUCAGGAUUACAGCCCAAGCCCAAAGCCAAGCCAAGAUUUGGGUUCUCAUGUCAGUGAUAUUUCCCCUCUGUCCCUAAUUGGCAUUUCUGUAACUGCCCCUCCUCCAGGACUCUGGGACUGACGCCGUGGUUCAGUGUUCUGAAUGUGUCUUGCUCUGUGAUCCCAAGUGCUGA